AGCAAUGUACUUCGUCCUGUUUCGUGCCACAGCAUUUGCCACACUACUGCUUGUUACCCAGGUCGAUACCGGCUGCUGACUUCGUGCACGUUCAAACAACUUCCACCUUCCGCAAUAAUAAAAGCUCCAACGGUCCUCAGCACUUCAUCGUCCGUCAAGAAUAACACUGGAGACUGCAUGAGGAUGUGCUACGAAGAUCCAUCCUGUGUUUACGUCAUCGCCUACAAGAAUGGCAUAUGCUCGUUUAAUCCAAACGAAGGCAAUACCAUGCGUGUCGAUGCGGUGGUUGGCGGUGGAGGCGUGACUGGAGACGUUUUUCAACUGGAUCGAGAUACGACCGACAUGAAGUGCCCAAAACUGGGACAGUGGUUGGAGGAGAACCGUUAG